AUGCCACUGUUUUCGCUGGAUGUCAAACUGGAAAGUUUCACAAAUCUUCCAAAUCAUUUUCGUGUUAUUGGUGGUGAAUGGGAGACAGAAGUUGAUGAGGCAACGAUUCAACCACUUAAGAUUGUUUGCAAAAUGACAACUGAUCAUGCACAAACUAGCCAAGUUUGUGUUUCGAAGUGCCCAAAUAAAACGUUCACGUAUUUACAAUUGCAAACUGUACCGUCGGGUCCCAAGUUUGAGAAGGAAGUUCGAGAGAACGUUAUCUGCGACGAUGAACCCUACAAAGCAACUAUCACUAAUUUUAACGAACUCCACGAGUUGGUCAAGCGGGGAGUGUGUGCACCAUAUACAGUCCCAUCAGCGGCCGGUUCGUUGUUGUUGUUAUUGCUGUUUCUGAAUGAAAAAUUCAGUGAAUUCUGA